AUGGGAAUUCUUGGAAGGUUUUCCGGCCUAAUGGUGGCCGCUUCAAUGGGACGACCUAUUGAAUCGCCCUCAGAUCGAACGUAUAAACCUAGCUUCCUUAAAGCUGCGAACAACUCUGAUCUGCGGGAUCAAAUUGACUCCCUGAACUAUGACUUGGUCCGGGCGACGAGGAAGUUACGCAGAGCACAGCGUAAAGUCGCUUCUCGAAGCCGAGAGGUCGACCAAUUGCGCAGCGAAGUGGCGAGGCUAAAUCGCCUUUGCAAGUCCCGCAAGUACAACCUGGAAGAACAGAAGGAAGAGCUGAGAGAGCUUCGCAGGACCCUGAGAAUGCGCGAUGCGAAGAUUGGGGAACAGAAUAUCCUCUUGGAUGAGUUAAAAGAGACAGUGGUGCAAUAUAACAGACAGAUUCUUGAGGCUGAUUUUCGACAUCAAGCCGAGCUCAGCGAACUAAGAGAGGUCAUGAAUGACCUAGAGGCAAGGCGGAACAACCUGAUCCAAAAGCUCGGCAAUGAGAUUAGUGGCUGGGAACGUCAAUUUGCGGACUUGGAGACUAACUGGCACACCAUAGCGAGGGCCGGGGAUGCGCUAGCAGUUGCUACUCAAUUCCACGAGCAGCUAGCCAGGAACUUGUACAUUCGUUGGCGGGGCCCGAAAUCGACUGAUCUCGCGCCGAAAGAGAAGAAUGUGAUUUUUUGCCAAAUGGAUCAGUACCCUUUCAGAGUUCCUUUAAUGGCCCGCUUCCUGCCCUGGUCAGAAACUCCGAAAACGUGUAAUAUAUGUGCUGGAGACUAUCAUGAGCUCAAUAUCGUAAGCAUAGAGCACUGGAAGCAAGCCUGCCGGGGCUUUGAAGGUCGCUGGAUGAAAGACAUAUUCUCGUUUCCAGAUUCGGAUGAACUAUUGUGCGACCAUCCGAUGGACGUAUGCAAGGCAUGUAUUCAGCAUCAGAUCCACACCCAGCUCGAGACGCUGGGCAGCAGGGGUUGGAAUAAGCUGUCCUGCCCCUUCUGCGCGAGAACUUUAUCCCACGCGGAAAUUCAACGCUUUGCCGCAAAGGAAGAUUUCGAAAAAUACGAGCAGUACUACCUGCUCGAGGUCCUCUCUAAAGAGCCUGGUUUCCGGUGGUGCCUGUCGGGCUCAUGCAAGAGUGGGCAGCUGUAUGAACCAAGUCCGUACAUGCACACGCGUAUACAUUGCAAGGUAUGCGAUUUUGCAAUGUGCUUCUAUCACCAAAUGCCAUGGCAUGUUGGCCUCACGUGCGCAGAAUACGAGCGGAAGCUGGCACACGGGGUCGAGGAGGAGAAAUCCGAGGAGUGGAAGAAGAAAAACACGAAGCCCUGUCCAGGUCGUGGAUGUGGAAGGCCAAUCGUGAAAGGUGGAGGUUGUUUCCAUAUGACAUGUUCCCUAUGCAGACAUGAAUUCUGCUGGGAAUGUCUCGCAGAUUGGCAUAGCGUCAUGAUGAGUAGUGCCAAUCAUAAAGAGGGCUGUUACUUCCGGACCUCGUCAAGAGGUCCUAUGAAUAUGAUGGGCGUUACCAUUGAGGUGGCAUUAAGGGGAAUGUAA